AUGAACAUGCUCGACGACGAUGACGAGGAGGUGAUCGGCCCCACCAUCUGGGAGGCGGCCGCCGAGGAGGAGAUCCAGGAGAACUUCUGGGAGUAUCACUGCCGCAAGAACCGCAACGAGGGCAAGGGUGACGCCGUUUACAACAACCUCGCGUACCUGCCCGUGUGCAACUGCAUGCCCGUCUGCAGGAAGGGGUGCAGGAACCCAAUCUGGAUGUGGACAAAGAAGAAGUGA